GAAAGGGAGAUUAUAAGCAGGAGGUCUGGACUUCUGUAAGAACUCAGGCUGCAUGGUCACCCUGGCCAUUUGGACCUUAGGUGAGGGGCCCAUUCUGGGCUGUAGCUGUGAAGGUUUCAUGUAUGAAACUCUAUGGAAAUCCAAAAUACCACCAAGCACUCCAUUAUGGAACAGUGACGUCACAGGACGAAAUAACAGUUAAUUAUAGACAUGGUCUUCCCUUUGUAACCCUCACCCUGCCAUCCAGAAAGGAACGCUGCCAGUUUGUGGUGAAGCCAAUGUUGUCGACAGUAGGCUCAUUCCUUCAGGAUUUACGGAAUGAAGAUAAAGGCAUCAAAACUGCAGCCAUGGUCACGGCAGACGGCAGUGAGAUUCCAGCCUCAACAUUGAUGGACACCUUGCUAAUGAAAGACUUUAAGCUCGUCAUCAACAACCUACCAUAUGACAUCCGGCGUCACGAGAAAGAAAGGCCAAGCGAAGAGCACAGGACCGAGCUGGAAAACACGAAGUGCUUGGUUCACAGACUCUUUACCAUCCUGCAUUUAGAAGAGGUCCAGAAGAGUCGAGAGCGCCAUCUGAUGGCGAAGAUCGACCACCUGCAGGAACAGCUGCGGCCCCUGGAGCAGGUCAAAGCUGGAAUAGAAGCUCGGUCAGAAGCCAAAACCAGCGGUCUCCUGUGGGCAGGCUUAGCUCUGCUCUCUGUGCAGGGUGGGGCACUGGCCUGGCUUACUUGGUGGGUGUACUCCUGGGAUAUCAUGGAGCCAGUUACGUUCUUCCUUACGUUUGCCAAUUCCAUGGUCUUUUUUGCAUACUUCAUCGUAACUCAGCAGAACUACACUUACGAAUCCCUUCGCAGCAGGCAGUUUCUCCAGUUCUUCCACAGGAAGUCACGGCGGCAGUGCUUUGAUGUGGAACGAUACAACAAGCUAAAGGAGGACCUGGCUGAGGCUACAGAAUCCCUGGAGAACGUGCGCCACUCCCUCCGCUUGCGACUUCAAGGACAGGAAGUCAGCGAGAAGAACUAACCUCCCACUUUUAGUCAUCAACAGGCUAUGUGCUGGUUUUAUAGCUUACCAAGUGGAUGUUUCUAAGGCCGCGUUCAUUUCUCUUGGCAUUUUCAGAUACAGUUUGGUUAAUAAAUUUGUGUGAAACAGAA